UGUUAAUCUGUCGAUCACUGUUGGUCCCUUCGAAUCUUCGUCUUGCGGCAGACACCUCUGUCGAAAUGAGAGCGGCUAUACUUUGUACCGGAGCGUCUCUCCUCGUGUGCUUCGUCACCGCGGCCGCUCCACUGGGCGCAGGUCGUUCAUGGCAACGCCGGAAUUCAGGAGGGCCGUGCACGUAGGCAACGUGGCGUUCAACAGCGGCCGCGAAGUGGCUUCGCAUCUCCUGGCCGACGUCAUGCGGUCCGUGAAGCCCUCGUUCGUCUCGCUUCUCGAGAGGGACUGCCGGGUGCUCGUCUACAGCGGCCAGCUGGACGCGGUCGUCCCGCAUUCGCUCGCGGCCAACUUCCUCGGCAGCCUGCAGUGGUCGGGGACGGAGUCCUUCGACGCCGCCCGCCGCAGGGUGUGGAGGGCGCACGGCGGCUCCGGCGUAGCCGGCUACGUCAAGAGAGCCGGCAACCUGUUCCAAGUGGUGGUCAUGGGCGCGGGACACUUUGUGGCGUACGAUCAACCGGAAGCGGCACUGGACAUGAUGUCGAGGUUCAUAAACGGCAGUUCUUUUGAGUAGCACGCAACAGCCUGGGAAGGGACGCCGCGCGCGCUUGACAUUUGUAAAGUGCUCAUUUCGUUUAUUUUACCUUAAGGGCCCGUAGGCAUUACAUAAGGCAUUACGCAAUUUAUGCCUAUAUUUCAGCAUAUAUUUAUCACAUAUUUCUAU